AGGAUUAUAUAUAUAUAUUAUGUAUGUAUGUAUAUAUGUGCACAGUAGAAACACGUCACGUCUGCUGGGAUGUAUACAGUGGAUUACAUAAGGAGGAUGAUGCUGUAACCUACUUAUGUUUGGGAGGAAAAUACAGACUCUUAUCUUGACGGGUGCUCCAUCCACCCCGCAAACCUGUGACCUGCUUUGCACAAAUAUCAUUUUGUGGGUGUGGAGUGGGGAAUAAGUGGCUUGUUUUUCCUGCAAAUGAGUGCUGAACAUCUUGUAGCAAAGUUGCAUGUUUUCGUUUUGGAUGGAAAUUGUCUUGCGAUUACAAAUUACGUUGUCUUUUUUCCUUUUUCCUCACCUAUUGCUAGUUGAAUGUGUUGAACAAAGUGGACGAGGCCUUCAUGCUGAUAUCUGUACAUGUGCCGAGUCUAGAUUAAAAAAACUCCCUCCAGGUGUCUUACAUAAUAACCCUGACGAUAAAAGUGCUGUGUGUGUGAUAGUUGUACCGUGAUAUUAUUUGUGCCUUAAAGUUGUCACUUUCUGGAUGGACUUCUGCAUGCGCUCCUCUAGUCUUCUUUCUCCCCCUUGAACUUGUGGAGUCGUUCCCUCACUCUGUACUUUUCCACUACCAGCGGCUUUUUCUUGGCAUCCGACCCCCCUCUUGGGUUCAGACUCUCCCACUUUUUUUCUUUUUAGUAAAGGGAAUGUGCGUCAUUCUGGGCCGUUAUAAUUGAACAGCAGCCAAAGCAGCGAAAAGUGAUAGGCUCACUUCCAUUAUUUACUUAGUUGCAAAUCCGAUUCACACUCAAAGGUUCUUGCACAGGCUGUAAAAAUAUACACCAUUAAUUAAUUAGCCAGUGAAAAAUGCUACUGUUUCCACUACGUCGAUCCGUAUCUGCACAGAAAUGUAAUGUUUUAUUCUUUUGCACACGCCCCACCCCGUUAUUAACUGUUAUGGAAGCCGGGUCGCUAGUUCAUGCGCAUCCCCACUCCAAAAACAAACAAACGGCCAUUAUUAUAUUAUGCAGUGAUGUUUUGUUUUUAUAAGACAUGUUUUACAAUCCACGUAUAAGCGCCUUAGUGCUGUGGUAUUCACCGACACAUCUGGAUAUAAUUAGAGAACACUUUUUAAAAAUCGCAUUAAAAUUGUCCCUCCGUGGUUCUUUUGUGGUCCGACGUACUUUAAAAUUCACACAAGGUUGCUCAGGUGAGGUUUAAAUUGCGCUAUUGCGCAAAAAGGACAAGAAAGGCUUCCUUUCAGUUUUGACGCAAGCAGCACAACUUAGGUGCAGAGCGCUGCAAGCUCUAAUUGGGCAAAAGCAAAUCAGGGCGUCCAAUCAGCUGAAGCCUUCUCGCCGGAGGCUCACGCCCACCCGGAAACGCCGCCCCCUUAGCUUUCCUGUCGUCAUAAAAGCAAAGAGCCAACGACAAACUUGUAAUAUUUUCUUUUGUGGGACAAAUCUUCGCCACCAUGACGAUAAAAACAGACAGAGGACAGCCUGGCAUGACUUACUCCAAGUCGAAGGGGCUGGUGGCUUUAGUCACUGCUUUUAUGAAACAGAGGAGAAUGGGUUUGAACGACUUCAUUCAGAGGCUCGCCACGAAUUCCUACGCCUGCAAACAUCCUGAGGUGCAGUCCAUCCUCAACUUGAGUCCUCCGCAGGAUGCCGAGCUCAUGAAUACGAACCCCUCUCCUCCUCCCAGCCCAACCCAGCAGAUCAACCUCGGCCCGUCGUCCAACCCCUCGGCCAAGCCCAGCGACUUUCACUUCCUCAAGGUCAUCGGCAAGGGCAGCUUCGGCAAGGUGCUGCUGGCCCGCCACCGCGCCGACGACCAGUUCUACGCUGUCAAGGUCCUGCAGAAGAAGGCCAUCCUCAAGAAGAAGGAGGAGAAGCACAUCAUGUCGGAGAGAAACGUGCUGCUGAAGAAUGUCAAGCAUCCUUUCCUGGUGGGUCUGCACUACUCCUUCCAGACGGCAGACAAGCUCUACUUCAUUCUGGACUACAUCAACGGAGGCGAGCUCUUCUACCACCUCCAGCGAGAGCGUUGCUUCCUGGAGCCCAGGGCGCGCUUCUACGCCGCCGAGAUCGCCAGCGCGCUGGGCUACCUGCACUCCCUCAACAUCGUCUACCGGGACCUGAAGCCCGAGAACAUCCUGCUGGAUUCGCAGGGUCACAUCAUCCUCACCGACUUCGGCCUGUGCAAGGAGAACAUCGAGCCCAACGGGACCACGUCCACGUUCUGCGGCACGCCGGAGUAUUUAGCUCCUGAGGUGCUCCACAAGCAACCUUACGACCGCACGGUGGACUGGUGGUGUUUAGGAGCCGUCCUCUACGAGAUGCUCUACGGCCUGCCCCCCUUCUACAGCCGCAACACGGCGGAGAUGUACGACAACAUCCUGAACAAACCCCUGCAGCUGAAGCCCAACAUCUCCAACGCGGCCAGACACCUGCUGGAGGGUCUGCUGCAGAAGGACAGAACCAAGCGACUGGGCUGCACAGACGACUUUCUUGAAAUCAAGAACCACAUGUUCUUCUCACCCAUCAACUGGGACGAGCUCAACGCCAAGAAGAUCACGCCUCCCUUCAACCCCAACGUGACGGGCCCCAACGACCUUCGACACUUUGACCCCGAGUUCACAGACGAGCCGGUGCCCAGCUCCAUCGGCUGCUCGCCUGACAGCGCCCUGGUGACGGCCAGCAUCAAAGAGGCUGCCGAGGCCUUUGUGGGCUUCUCCUACGCCCCCUCCAUGGACUCCUACCUAUAGGACUCCCCGACACCAGCGCCCUAAUUAACAUAGACUUGCAUUUCCAGCCAGGAUGGAUAUUUGGGGAAACCGUCCUGUCUCUUUUCUUUGUGUGUAAAUACGCUGCCGUUCCUCCAACAUCAACUUUUAGUCCAUUAAAACACACAAAUUCUGAGAUCUCUUUGCACACAGACAGCUCCGGCAAGUCAGUAAGCACACGUAUCUUCAUCCACGUAGCCACGCAUCCUCAUCCUCACCAUGGUCCCCGACUUCAUUUUUGGUGCUUUUUGUUCUUUUCAAUGUCAUGAAAAGGGGAGUCGGAUGAUUGUUACAGAGCGGGCUUCCCCCCCACCCCCUCGAGGUGCCUUUCUGUUCCCUCCCUCACCUCAUGUUGGACUUGAAGUCACUCCCUCACGUAGACUGCAGGUGGGAGGAGCCGCCACAAGAGGACGCUGUAGCGCAUACGAUGUGUCGGUUGCACACUAAACAAAUCAUGCUGAUAGCCAGAGACUUGCUGCUAUUGUCACAGGAAGUGUUGCCAACAGCGCCCCCUCACCCCAAAAAAAGCGGAACAUUCCAUUUCAAUGUUGCUGUUGAGCAUUAUUUAAGUUUGUUUGUAUAUUGAGUCAAGUGUAUUUAGUUGUAAUGUAUGUUGAUUUACAAAACAAGGUAUGCGUAGAUGUCGUAUUCAUGUUUCAAUGUACUGUCAAUUGGAAAUUGUUUCAAGAUUUAUGUGACCGUUGCUGGUUUGCAAUAAAAGUUUGAACUUUA